AUGGGAGAACGGCACGCCGCCACCACACAGGGAUUUCACCACACUUGCGAGCAGGAGUUUUUUCUUUUCCUACACGGCCGUUUCAUGGUGCGGUUGCCGCCCGACUACCUCAUCCUCAAGCGGCGGGAGCAGGAGGACGCUCGGCGCGUCUACGAGGACCACGGCCGCGAGCAGAGCAAGGUCGGCGCGACCACGGCGUUCGAGGUCCGGACGGACGCCGCGCUCGGCGCACGGCGGCUGAACGAGCGGUACAACCGGCUGCGGCAGCAGGACGCGGCGGCGCUGGAGGGCCGCCGCCGCCGGCUGGCGGAGCUGCUCGCGGCGGAGCAGGCCGAACAGGCCGCGGCGCUCGAGGCGCUCGAGGAGACGCCCGAGCAGCGCAAGGAGAAGAUGGUUGCGCGGGCCAAGGAGCUGCGCGAGCGGCGCGAGGCGGAGAAGCAGGCCUUCGUCAAGGAGCAGUACGAGCGUCAGUGGCGGCUGUCGUGCGACCCGCUGCGCGCGCGGGACUCGAAGCUCAUAGAAAAGGCGACCAACGAGGCGCGCGCGUACCAGCUCGGCGAGAAGCUGCGCGCGCUCGAGCUCGAGGAGGCGGAGGAGCGCGCCUUCGACAAGCUGCGGCGCCUGCUGCGCGAGCAGGCGACGCACGAGCGGGCCGAGGCGGCGAAGGUGCGAGACUCGUACGCCGAGCUCGGCGCCUACGCUGCGGCGCGCCAGUCGCUGCUGUCCGAGUCGGAGGCGCGGGAGAAGGCGGAGGAGGCGUAG